AUGGAACAAGCUGAGUUCACGUACAUUGCCACCCAGGGACCCCUGCACAACACUGUCAAUGCAUUCUGGAGGAUGGUGUGGGAGUACGAGGUCACACUCAUCAUCAUGCUCACACAGUGCAUUGAGAAUGACGUGCUGAAGUGCAACCAGUACUGGCCAGAGGAUAACAUGCAGUGGGACUAUGGGGACUUAACUGUGGAGGGGUUCAACGAGACCAAGUCUGUCAACUUCACCCGCAGAGAGUUCAGACUCUACAGGGCACACACCAACCUGAACAGAGAUGUGUCCAAAAUCAAUUCGAAAAGCCCGGUAAAAGAUCAGCCCAAAAGGAUAGUUGAGCAGUUCCAGUACACAGCCUGGCCUGACUUCGGAUGUCCUGAGAAUCCAGAACAAAUGCUCAAGUUCCUGGCCAAGAUUCGAUCCUACUACCCUUAUGCUACCAAGCCAGAGUCCCCCAUAAUAGUUCACUGCAGUGCAGGAUGUGGAAGAACUGGCUCGUUCAUUGCACUGGACCAGAUUAACGAGAACAUUGAGAAGUCUUCGGUGGUGGAUAUUCGAGGAAUUGUGGCAAGUUUGAGAUCGGCCAGGCCCCAAAUGGUUCAAACGCAGGAGCAGUACGAGUUUAUUCACGAAGCUGCGGGUGAAAUGAUCAAACGCGAGUUAGUCCGUCGAAAAAUCCUGCCGGACAAAGACACUGAGUACGAGACUACCAAAGGACGCCGCAAACGAAAGUUGUCGUUGCUGACUAGUACCAACACGAAUGAAGCGUCGGACACGAUUUACGAGAAGCGAAAGACGAGAUCGGAUCACGUGGCUUAUAUACCCAUGGAUGUCAUGUCGACACGAUCGCCACCCGACACUAACGACAGUCAGAAGGAUAAAUAG